UUACAAAGGAUGACGGAUCUCAGGGAAAAGAACUUUUUAAGUAUUCGAUACCUGACUCCUUAUCAGAUAACAACACGUCACCUUCCAAACAAUGUGAAAUGUCAGAUGAGGACCAUGCAUCUGAUAUUGACUACAUACCAAAUUCAGAAUCUGCAGAAACUGAUGAAGACUCAGACGUUAGCAUUCCCCUUCAGCCCAUCAAGUCUAAAGUUGGACAAAUUCAAAGAAACCCAACAAUACCCGAUCUCACUUCAUUUUUGCCAGACUCAAGUUCCGUGGUUGAGCCUUGCACAUCAAAUUACUGGCCUCCUUUUCACACAGAUGAUAUGGGUGAUGGCACAUUCGAAACAUUCAGCCCAGCCAAGUCUACCAAAGACUCAAAUGAUAAACCAAAAUGUCAAAAGGAGCCUCACAAACAGGAAUCCUCACAGCAUACUAUGAGUGCCAAGAACUACUGCUUUGUGUGUGGUAGGCCACAGAGCAAAAUUUCACGCCAUUUAAAAACCCACAAGACACAUGCUGAAAUUGCUUAUGCCUUUUCCCUUCCGGAAGACUCAAAAGAGCGCAAGGUUCUUCUAGAAAAAAUGAGAAACAAGGGGAACUUCAAACAUAACUGUGAGGUUUUACAAAGUGGGAAUGGAUCGUUGAAAGUUAAGAGAAAGCCGAAAGGAAAGAUUGGAACGUUUAUACAUUGUAUGUACUGCCAAGGGAUGUACAUUCGAAAGGAACUGUGGAGACAUGUCCAAAGAUGCCCCUGUAAGCCAGAAAAUGAAGAUUUGAACCAAAGACAUGGGAGAACCAAAGUACUGGGUUUUGCUAUGGCUCAAGAGUCUGCAUUCUGUCAGGAGAUUUCAAGUGGGGUUUGGAAGCUCCUUGGUCCCAUGAAGCAGGAUGAUGUAGCCACAGUUGUGAGAAAUGACCUGACCAUUAUUCAGUUGGCCCAGUCUCUCUACAACAGACAUGGACAAGACCCUACUAAGUACGAGUACAUCCGACAGAAGCUCCGUGAAAUUGGACGUCUGUUAAUAUGUCUACGGUCUGAAUUCUCUGUACAUAACUUGGAGGAAGCUGUGAAACCUGCUAACUUCCAAAGAGUUGUCCAGGCAGUAAAGAUUGUCUGUGGUUUUGAUGAAGAAAAGCAUUCAUACCAAACACCAAGUCUUGCACUAAAACUGGGACAUACACUUCAGAAAAUCAGUGACAUUAUCCAUUGCCGAGCACUCAUGGCAGAAGAUGAAGAACUGAUUAAGUCAACAGACACUUUCAAAAAGCUGUAUACAUCCAAGUGGUCUGAGUUAGUGUCACAUACUGCCUUGAACACUCUGAGUCAUGCCAAAUAUAAUAAGCCAUUAACCUUACCAUUCACAGAAGAUGUUCAGAGUCUUCAUAGGUAUCUUAAGGAAUCUGGAGAAAAUGCAUUUUCUAUCUUGAAAGAUGAGGUCAGCCCCCAGAAUUAUGCCAAACUUGCAAAAGUUACUCUUGCACAGGUCAUUGUGUUCAAUCGAAGACGAGCUGGAGAAGUCUCAAAGAUGCAUCUCAGAGGUUUCCAGCAGAGAGAUGACUCAAAGCUCCAUGAAGAUGUUGCUGCUGGAUUGUCCAAGGUUGAAAAAAAGCUCUGUAGCUACUUUAGUCGUGUUGAAAUAAUUGGGAAAAGAGGUCGAAAAGUUGCAGUUCUCCUUUCUCCUGAUGUGGUGGAUGCUCUGACUCUGCUGGUCAGCAAAAGAGAGCAAUGUGGUGUUUGCUCCACAAACAUCUUUUUGCUCGACCAAGAUCUCAAAGUCACUACAGAGGCCAAGACUGUUUGCGUGUUUAUGGAAGCCAAUGGAAUUUUAUCGCUUACCUGUGCCAACAACACAACUGGCAAAGAUUUCUAA